UAUUGUGCUUUUCAGGAAAAAGGAAGUGAAGGGGAUUAUAAUAUGGAUUUAGAGCUCACGGAUUAUUAUAACCAGACACUUGCUACAGAGAACAACACUGCUGCCCCUCGGAAUUCUGAUUUCCCAGCCUGGGACGACUAUAAAAGCAGUGUAGAUGACUUGCAGUAUUUUCUGAUCGGACUCUAUACAUUUGUAAGUCUUCUUGGCUUUAUGGGGAAUCUGCUUAUUUUAAUGGCUCUCAUGAGAAAGCGUAAUCAGAAUACCACAGUAAACUUCCUGAUAGGAAAUUUGGCCUUCUCUGAUAUCUUGGUUGUGCUGUUUUGCUCACCUUUUACACUGACCUCUGUUUUACUGGAUCAGUGGAUGUUUGGGAAAGUCAUGUGUCAUAUUAUGCCUUUCCUUCAAUGUGUGUCAGUUCUGGUUUCCACUUUAAUUUUAAUAUCAAUUGCCAUUGUCCGGUAUCAUAUGAUUAAGCAUCCAAUAUCUAAUAAUCUAACAGCAAACCAUGGCUACUUCCUGAUAGCUACUGUGUGGACACUAGGUUUUGCGAUUUGUUCUCCACUUCCAGUGUUCCACAGACUUGUGGAACUUCAGGAAACGUUUGGCUCGGCGUUGCUGAGCAGCAGGUACUUAUGUGUUGAAUCGUGGCCAUCUGAUUCAUACAGAAUUGCUUUUACUAUAUCUUUAUUGCUAGUUCAGUAUAUUCUGCCCUUAGUUUGUCUAACUGUAAGUCAUACCAGUGUCUGCAGGAGUAUAAGCUGUGGAUUGUCCAACCGAGAAAACAAACUAGAAGAAAAUGAGAUGAUCAACUUAACUCUUCAUCCAUCCAAAAAGAGUGGGCCUCAGGUAAAACUCUCCAACAGCCAUAAAUGGAGCUAUUCAUUUAUCAGGAAACACAGGAGAAGAUACAGCAAGAAGACAGCAUGCGUAUUACCUGCUCCAGCAAGACCUCCUCAGGAGAAUCAUUUAAGAACACUUCCAGAAAACUUCGUCUCUGUGAAAAGUCAUCUCUUUUCAUCCAGUAAGUUCAUCCCAGGGGUCCCCACCUGCUUUGAGAUGAAACCUGAAGAAAACUCAGAUGUUCAUGAAAUGCGAGUAAACCGUUCUAUCAUGAGAAUAAAAAAGAGAUCUCGGAGUGUUUUCUAUAGACUGACCGUACUUAUAUUAGUGUUUGCUCUUAGCUGGAUGCCACUACACCUUUUCCAUGUGGUAACCGAUUUUAAUGAUAACCUUAUUUCAAAUAGGCAUUUCAAGUUGGUGUAUUGCAUUUGUCAUUUGUUAGGCAUGAUGUCCUGUUGUCUUAAUCCAAUCCUAUAUGGAUUUCUUAACAAUGGGAUCAAAGCUGAUUUAAUGUCCCUUAUAAACUGUCUUCGUAUGUCAUAAAUCUCACUGUUUGCUUACCAAAGAAAGAACAAAUGCUUGGAACAUCGAAAAUAUAUUCAUGAUAACUGUGUCUGUAUAACAAACAAAUUUUGUUAAUUUAUGGAAUUUAAUUUAUGUAUAAGAGUUCUGGAUUUGAAUGUCAGUUCAUAAUAUA